AUCCAGGUCCAGCCACUGUUUACCCUGCAGUCAGGCUAUGACAUCAGAGCGAGGACUUUAUAAAAGUGCAUGUGCGCGGAGCCAGGCAGUGAGAAAACAGUAACACAAGUAGAAAAUCUCAUUGUGGUGGAACACAUAGCAGAACAUGAUGGACAACAUACAGAGAGACAGAAAAAACCUUAUGGCGUGGGCACUUCUGUUUUACCUGGGCUCACAGGUGUGCUGUCAGCAGUGUGGGGGCCCUUGUCAGUGCCAAAGCUCAGUGCCAGCCUGCCCAGAAGGCGUUCCUCUCGUUCUUGAUGGGUGCCAGUGCUGUCAGGUGUGUGCGCGGCAGCAGGGUGAGGCCUGCAGUGAGCUGUAUCCGUGUGACAGUCAGCGCGGCCUGCAGUGUGACUAUAGUGCCAGCUUCCCUGAAGAGCCAGGAGAGUGUGUCAGUCAGAAGGAGCUGGGCUGUGAGCACAAUGGAGUCUCCUAUCAGGAAGGCCAGGUAUUUCAGCCCUCGUGCGCUCUUCAGUGUCACUGUUCAGGUGGAGGGGUGACCUGCGUGCCCCGCUGCAGUGAGGAUGUUCUCCUGCCCACCCCAGACUGCCCUCAUCCUCGAAGAGUUCAACAACCAGGAAAAUGCUGUAAAGAGUGGGUGUGUGAAAAUAUGGACAACACAGUGCUUCAGGACGCUCACAGAGCUUCGGGAAGCGAUCAGACAAUGCCUGCAGACUCUGCAUACCAAACCAGACCCGGUUUAAACUGCAUAGACCAGAGCUCAGAGUGGAGCGCUUGCUCGCACACCUGCGGGCCUGGGAUAUCCACACGGGUGUCCAAUCAAAACCCGGCCUGUCGUCUGGAGAUGCAGAUGCGCUUGUGUACGAUCCGACCCUGUCAGCCUGUUCUCCAGAGAAACCCACAGUGGUCAAGGAGGAAAUGUCAACCCAGCUACAGGUCAGCAACUCCAGUGAGGCUUUUCCACCAGGGCUGCUAUAGUGCACAGUUCUACAGGCCCCGUUAUUGUGGCUCUUGUAAGGACAAGCGUUGCUGUACUCCUUACCACACUGGCACGACUCUGGUCACUUUCCGCUGUCCUGGAGGAAGACAGCGCAAACAUGCUGUCAUGACCAUAAACUCCUGCAUCUGCCAUUACAACUGCCCCUAUUCAUCUGGAACGGCAUAUAGAGGGACACCCUUCUGGGGUUAGAAGCUGACUCUCUUAUAGGUUGACUUUGGAUGUAGUAGCUUCAUAUCGGAUGCUCUGAGUUUAAAAGGUGCUAUUACAUGCACCUAAAUCAACAUUUGACAAAAAAAGAGCCCUAAAGAGCACAUAAGCCAUUUAAUAACAAUGUUUGUUUUUUUUCAGGACAUUGUCUUAAGACGACAGGUGUCUGUGCUGGCAUCUUUGGUGCAACUAAAAUAGUUUUUGAGUAUAGGUUCUGCUAGAAAUUUCUCUCUCUUGUUUCUAUUUGGUUUACACAGUGGCAGCUGUUUUACUCUGAAAAAACCCCAAAAAACUUUACACUUGAAAAAUAUCCACAAAUUCUGUAUCUUUGUCAGUUUUGUGCUUAUUGUUAGACAACUGCUGGCUGGAAUUUUAAAGCUAGUAGCUCACAAAAGAUGAAAAUAAUGUAAAAUCUAAAUCUAAUGGGGUUUUUUUUUUUUAAAAAAAGGCAAAGAAACGUCCCGACGUAUUUGAAAUUUACCCAAAAUAACAUUGCACAUAAAUGCAGGAGAAUUGCUUAUAUGCUGUGUGAAAUUAAGACAGUUACAUUUAUUAUGUAUUUUAUAGUUAAAUGUGGCAUGCUCACCUGUAACGAAGGAAGGCUUUUAUUUGAAGACUGACACUAACUGUAUUUUAGUGUUUACCAAUUUCAAGCAAAAGGCUUGACUGUGUAUAUAUGUAAAUACUUGUUUAUGUUUGUAUGUUUGUCAUUAAUAGCCUACAGGAAUUGUAAUAUUUGUGUUCAUUUGAAAUUUUGCACUGUCAUUUACCACCUCACAACCUUGCAGUCAAAAGUUAACAGCAUUUGUCAGACCUUAUGCAAACAGAUUUUAAAAAUCUCAGUAAGA